UUAUGACCUAUGGUACUCUCGCCGCCAGACGAGAGAGUGCUGUGCGCCGAUUGGCCCAGACGCCUCGAAUGAUUCUGCUCGGAGUUUGUACCGAAUGAGUGCGUGGAUGUGACAAUGAGCCUAUAAGGUGUGAAACUUUGUGACCUGUUAGAGCUCAGGUGCAUCCAGACCAGAGGCAGCGGUGAGGAUGGGAGGUGGAAGCCAGCAGACGGUGCCGGGAGAGCCGGACAGCGGGAAAGCUAAAGGUGUUUACACCUGGGAGGAGGUGCAGAGCCACUGCAGCAGGAAUGAUCAAUGGCUGGUCAUCGAUCGAAAGGUUUACAACAUCACUCAGUGGGCCAAAAGGCAUCCAGGAGGGUUUCAAGUCAUCAGCUACUAUGCUGGAGAGGAUGCCACGGAGGCAUUCACUGCUUUUCAUCCUGAUCCUAAGUUUGUGCAAAAGUUUCUGAAGCCGCUGCUGAUCGGAGAGUUGGCAACGACUGAGCCGAGCCAGGACCGAGACAAAAAUGCAGCCAUCGUGCAGGAUUUCGAAACAUUACGAGCUCAGGUGGAGAAAAGGGGUCUGUUUCGAGCUCAGCCUUUGUUUUUCUUCCUCCACCUCAGUCACAUCCUGCUGCUAGAAGCCCUCGGAUGGCUGACCGUCUGGAUGUGGGGCACAGGCUGGAUACAAACACUUGUGUGCUCUGUGUUUCUCGCAACCGCUCAGUCACAGGCUGGAUGGCUGCAGCAUGACUUUGGUCACCUGUCUGUCUUCAAAAAGUCCAGCUGGAAUCACCUCGCCCACAAGUUUGUCAUUGGUCAUUUAAAGGGAGCUUCUUCCAACUGGUGGAAUCACCGACAUUUCAGGCAUCACGCUAAACCCAACAUCUUCAUUAAGGACCCGGAUAUCAACACGUUGCACCUCUUCGUACUUGGCCGAACUCAACCAGUGGAAUACGGGAUAAAGAAGAUCAAACACAUGCCUUACAAUCGUCAACACCAGUACUUCUUUCUUGUGGGACCACCGCUGAUCAUUCCAGUUUUCUUCAACAUUCAUGUAAUGCAGACCAUGGUAUCCCGGCGUGACUGGGUGGAUCUGGCUUGGUUCAUCUCAUUCUACCUUCGCUUCUUCUCCUCUUAUAUACCCCUGUAUGGCCUAGCUGGCUCAUUGGUGCUCAUAAUCAUAGUCAGGUUUUUGGAAAGUCACUGGUUUGUGUGGGUGACUCAGAUGAAUCACAUACCGAUGGACAUCGAUCAUGAAAAGCACAAGGACUGGCUGACCAUGCAGUUACAAUCCACCUGUAAUAUCGAGCAGUCCUUCUUCAACGACUGGUUCAGUGGACACCUCAACUUUCAAAUUGAGCACCACUUGUUUCCAAUGAUGCCGCGGCACAACUACCACCUGGUGGCCCCGCAGGUCCGUGAGCUCUGCGAGAAACACGGGGUUCCUUACCAAGAGAAAACUUUGUGGCGAGGCUUCGCUGAUAUUGUCACGUCACUGAAAACCUCAGGGGACCUCUGGCUUGAUGCAUAUCUCCAUAAAUGAAAGACUGUAUUUUCCUCCACUGGUGUAAAAAGAGUGUUUUUCUCUUUUUCAUUAAAAAUCGACUGUAUCUGUUUGAGUCAAUGGCUUAUUGUUGACGUUAAGUCUUUGUUUGGUUUAUAGAUGAUGGGGUUUUCCUAAGUUGCCUUAACAGUAUCUUGAUCAGCAGCAAUGUGAUGAUAACACAGCUCUAAAACCUACCUGUGACUUAUUUAAAAUUAGCAUCACCAGAUGUGAAAGAAAACUAUCUGAAUGAUUAGACACAAUCAUUUAUAUAAACUACAAAACCUUUGUAAACUGUGUUUGUUAUCGUCUGUGAAACUACUAAUGAAUGUAACUACUUUGUAACAUAUCGUGCUCUUUCUGUAGAGAAACCAUUACACUGCAAUACCACAUGAAUAAUUUCACUGAGACCAAUAAAUCAAACUAAAAACUU